GGACUAUCGUUAAAUUGUUAUAAAAAUGUUAUGUUCACGCCAAAUAAAAUGGGAUAGUAGAAAAUCAUUUAAAUAUACUGGCAACCUUACCGAGGAUGCUGUGAAAUGUUUACGUUGGAACUACCUAUAAGGUAUGUGACCUAGAUGUGCGACCAUAUUGACGAUGUAUGCAGCCAUUUUUGACAAGCCGGAGGGAGAGAAUUGGUUAAAACAAUGGAGGGCAGUGUUUAUAACAAGAAAGGCCCUUCUGCCCACUGUCUCAACCGAGGCCACCAACUUUCAUGGAUACCUUUCGCAAAGAGCGCAGAUUCAAUCUAUAUCGCCAUGCACCAUAUGCAUUUCCAGAGACGUACAAUUCAAAGUUGCAACCUGUCCAUUUCAUAUGUGUUUUCGCGAUGAGCUGGUCAACGAGCAUGCCUACGGAUUCCGGGAUGGUCCACGGGCAUUGACAUUGAAAAACACAAAAGCAGAAAACUGGGCUAACUCACCAUGGGAGAUCGCCAAGGUGUUCAUGCCGCCAUCUGGUUACCAGAACAAAACCACAAUUGAAGAGACCGAUUUUAACGGCAUUGCUGGAUUCAUCAUCAACUGCAAGCGUUUCCAUGGUAACAUCACAGACAGUUUUUGUGAAAAGGCUCGGGAAGCAGUCAACAAUAUUCGGCACAUGCCGGACAUGUGUACCAGCGUCCUUACUGACCAGGCCACAACCGAAUGUAUAGAUAACCUGUACGCUCUACUUAAUGAGCCGGGACUGCAGAAUCGGCCAGAGGUGGUACUGGCUAGAAAUGACUUGGACAAGCUGAGGACCGCAGAUCUCUCAAAAGAUGAAAACGCAUACAAGUAUAUUUGCCACGAGUUACAUGAUGAAUUUCAGCAGAGACUUGACGAUAUUGAAAUGAAACUACAAUCAAAAGAAUUUGAUACCCAAACAGCUAAAGAUAGUAUACACACAGAAGGCGACAAAAUCCAGAAAAAUCUAGAGCUUCUUUGGGAAGGACUAAAUUUAUUUUCUGAUAAUAUAUCGAAAACCAAAAAUGACAUCCUUCUGUCGAUUAAUGAAGGGAGACAACGUGCCAUGGAUCGUAUAGCUUUUCUAGAAAAAAGGGCCACAGAAAAUAUUGAGCAAUCUGUAACAGAUGGUAAAACAACGAUUGAGACACAUGCUGCAGAAGAGAAAAGAAAGGCAACAGAACACAUUGAGCAAUUUGUAGCAGAUGGUAAAAAAACGAUUGAUAUUUAUGUCAGAGAACAGAAAAUAAAGAAAACAGAACACAUUGAACAAUCAGUAACAGAAGGUAAAAGAACGCUUGAGGCACAUGUUAAAGAGGAGAGCAGACGGGCCACAGAACACAUUGAACAAUCGGUAGAAAAGGGGCAGAGAGUGCUUGAAGAUCAGAAGGAAGUACUUCUGCAGCAGUUGCGUAAAGAAGAAGACGAAAAUCUACAACAAAGGAAACUCGAUUUACAGAAACAGUUGCUAAACCAUUACCAAACAACCGCUGCUGUCAGAAUUUACGUCCGAUUAGACAUUGAUGCAGCUGUAAAAGACAUUUAUGAAAAGCCUAAACUUAAAUGGAAGACAAAGAAAGACAAAGAUGGUCAAAUAAGAGAGGAAGAUAUAUCAAAAAUAGAUCAGAUAUUUCUGAGCGACAAUGACAUUUUGGCUAAAACAAUAUUCGUGGAGGGAGAACCGGGCACAGGGAAGACUUCGCUGUGUAAAAAGAUUGUCGAUGACUGGUGCAAACUGAAGGAGGACGAAACAGGGGAGACAAAAGAAGACAGCCUGUUAAGCCAGUUCGCUUUCUUAUUCUACAUUAGGCUGCGAGAAGUUGAAGAUCGAUGUUACAUUAAGGAUAUGAUAUUGCAAUGUUUGAUUGAACAGAUCAAUUCAGAUUAUAAAGAGUCAAAAGAACUGUUAGCAGCGAUUUUGAAAUCAGAAUUUUGUCUUCUUCUACUUGAUGGUUUAGACGAGUGGAAACAUGGUAGUUGUAAGCGUGAUGAACGAAUUCCUCAUGUUGAAACAGGUUGGCUGAAUUGCACAACACUGAUUACAACACGACCAUACAAACUAGCGGAGGUAAAAGUAACACGCUUAAAGCUUGGCAACCAUGUGCAGAUGCAGGGCGUUCAGUCACCUCGAAAACUUGUUCAGAGAAUAAUUCUGGAACUUCAGAAAAAUGAAUUAAAAAAACGUCCAAAUACCUGCGUUAAAAACCUGAAAAAGAAAGGUCUGUGGCAUUUCAAGGGUAUUCCAAUCGUGCUUGUUCACGUUGUUUGGCUCUGGUUCAGAAACAAACUAAAGGCAAACAUGUCUCAGUCUGAAGUUUACAGGGAAAUAAUAGAAGAACGGUGGUGUGAAAUGAAUGACAAGAUGAACAUAGAGGACAACGACAUUCCGAAGGAAUUUCUUGAUUCUUUGAGUGAAUUAGCUUUCAGUACACUGUUGUCAGCAAAUAAGGAUGAUUCCAUUGUUUUUGCCAUUAAAGAAUAUCAGUUAAAGAAGGAGUACCAACGGAAGUCUCUUGAAUCUGGCAUCAUGUCCUGCAGUAAAAAAAUAGGUGAAAGAUCCCCGUCUUAUCAAUUUUUGCAUAAAACGCUUCAAGAAUACUUGGCAGCAUUGUUUUUAGCCAAUUGCGGAUCCGAUUUGUUCGAACAUUGUCAACACGUUCAGGAAUUGUAUAAACAUAACAUGGAAGAAGGGGUGCUUAACUUGACUCAGAUGUUUUUGUUUCUAUGUGGCCUGAAUAUAAGUGCUGCUGGAGUGUUUUCGAAGACAUUAAAUGAAAUAUUUACUGAAUACAUUGAACGAACCGGUUAUUCACCUGAAAAAGCAUCGUCCUUCCAGGCAAUGUUACUGAAAGGAUAUGAGGAGGCGGAGAAAAAUGAACACACCGGGAUGGAGCUCAUUCAGCAGCAUAUUGUCAUCCGUAAGCGUUAUGAUCUUGUUUACCAGGAUAACGAUAAGAAUGAUUAUUGUUAUGAUAAUGAUGAUGAUGAUGAUUAUGAUGAUUAUGAUGAUGUUGAUGAUUAUUAUCAUGAUUAUGUUGAUUUUUAUCUUGAUGAUGAUAAAGAUGAUGAUGAUAUUGAAUUUGAUUAUAAUGAUGAGCAUAAGGCAAGUUUUAAAAAGCGCAUGACAGACUGCUUUGGUAAAAACAAAUCGAAUAUUGUGUCAUUAAAGAUUACAGUACCUGACCUACCUUCUGUGUUGAUGUACAAGAAAGAUCCAAGUAUUUUGGAUUUAGAGACAUGCAUAAAUCUAAAAUUUCUGCAUUUAGAAAAAGUUCAGUGUGAGGACAUAAACCUACCGAAUUUGAAUGGAUUAUUGGAAUGCAAAAUAAACUUCAGUCAUAACGUAAGUCCAGUCAAACUGAUAACUUCACUUCGGUCCUCCAAUUUAACAUGUUUGAAACAUCUCACGUUGGAACCAGUUGAUUUGCAAUGUAAAGCUGAGGACAUCUUCUGCAAACUUCAACACGUUGAACACAUACGCGUCGCUGGGUCCAGUCUAUCAAAUAAUUCACAACUCGACCUUGGACAUCUCAAACACCUAAAAACACUUUUCUUAAGAGGACUGGCUUUCUCUGACGUUGUGAAUCCACAUGUGCUCAAUCUUCACAAGUUAGACGUCAGGUUUAGAACGCAUCAAAGGGCACCACAGUUGAUAACGGCGUUACUAGCACAAAGCGACGAUUCUAUCGGUUACAAUAUGGAUUGGCCACUAUCUAACCUAACGAGUGUUAGCUUGGAUAACAUUGUCAUGUCAGCAGGGUUGUUUACACGUCUUGUUAGUAUGGUGAUACAAACGCGACAUUCUGUGGACUGUACGUUAACAGACUGUACAAUAGAGUUUGAGGAGGACGUGAGGCAGAUGGAGGUUGAGAUGGAGAACCAGCCCGGCAUACAGAAGGUGGAUCCACUGCCUGCACCACCUGACUAUACAACAAACAUUAUAUUAGAUAAUAUAAUCAUGUCAGCAGGAAUGUUUAGACGUCUCGUUAGUAUGGUGAUACAAGCGCGACAUUAUGUGGACUGUACGUUAUAUGAAUGUACAAUACUGUCAGAGGAAGACGUUAGGGAUAUAAUGGCGGAGACGGAGAACCAGCCCGACUUACAGAAGGUGGAUCCACUGCCUGCACCACCUGACUAUACAACAAACAUUACAUUAACUAAGACGCCAAUGUCUGCAGGAUUAUUUAGACUUCUCAUUAGUAUGGUGAUACAAGCGCGACAUUCUGUGGACUGUACGUUAGAUGAAUGUACAAUACUGUCAGAGGAGGACGUUAGGGAUAUAAUGGCGGAGACGGAGAACCUGCCCAACUUACAGAAGGUGGAUCCACUGCCUGCACCACCUGACUAUACAACAAACAUUACAUUAACUAAGACGCCAAUGUCUGCAGGAUUAUUUAGACUUCUCGUUAGUAUGGUGAUACAAGCGCGACAUUCUGUGGACUGUACGUUAGAUGAAUGUACAAUACUGUCAGAGGAGGACGUUAGGGAUAUAAUGGCGGAGACGGAGAACCAGCCCGACUUACAGAAGGUGGAUCCACUGCCUGCACCACCUGACUAUACAACAAACAUUACAUUAACUAAGACGCCAAUGUCUGCAGGAUUAUUUAGACUUCUCGUUAGUAUGGUGAUACAAGCGCGACAUUCUGUGGACUGUACGUUAGAUAAAUGUACAAUAGAAGAGGACAUGAGGCAGAUGGAGGCGGAGAUGGAGAAGCAGCCUGCCCUACAGAUGGUGGCUCCAUUGCCUUUAUCACCUGACUAUUCAAUACACAUAACAUUAGAUAAUAUGAUCAUGUCAGCAGGAAUGUUAAGACGUCUAGUUAUUACGGUGAUACAAGCGCGACAUUCUGUGAACUGUACGUUGAAUGAAUGUGCAAUACUGUCAGAGGAGGACGUUAGGGAUAUAAUGGCGGAGACGGAGAAGCAGCCUGCCCUACAGAUGGUGGCUCCAUUGCCUUCAUCACCUGACUAUUCAAUACACAUAACAUUAGAUAAUAUGAUCAUCUCAGCAGGAAUGUUUAGACGUCUAGUUAUUACGGUGAUACAAGCGCGACAUUCUGUGAACUGUACGUUGAAUGAAUGUGCAAUACUGUCAGAGGAGGACGUUAGGGAUAUAAUGGCGGAGACGGAGAAGCAGCCUACCCUACAGAUGGUGGAAUCACUGCCCGCAUCACCAAACUAUACAACAUACAUUGAAAUUCAAAAGUCUUACAUAUCAGCAGAAACUUUAGUGAGUCUUGUUAGUAUGGUGAUACAAGCGACACAUUCUGUGAACUGUACGCUAAAUGAUUGUACAAUAGAGUCAGAGGAGGACAUAAGGCAGAUGACAGCCGAAACGGAAAAGCAGCCUGCCCUACAGAUGGUGAAUCCACUGAGCGCAUCGUCUGACUACACAACAGACAUUACAUUAACGCGGAUGAAAGUGUCUGCAGGAAUGUUAAGACGCCUCGUUAGUAUGGUGAUACAAGCGCGACAUUCUGUGGACUGUACGUUAGAUAAAUGUACAAUAGAAGAGGACAUGAGGCAGAUGGAGGCGGAGAUGGAGAAGCAGCCUGCCCUACAGAUGGUGGCUCCAUUGCCUUCAUCACCUGACUAUUCAAUACACAUAACAUUAGAUAAUAUGAUCAUCUCAGCAGGAAUGUUUAGACGUCUAGUUAUUACGGUGAUACAAGCGCGACAUUCUGUGAACUGUACGUUGAAUGAAUGUGCAAUACUGUCAGAGGAGGACGUUAGGGAUAUAAUGGCGGAGACGGAGAAGCAGCCUACCCUACAGAUGGUGGAAUCACUGCCCGCAUCACCAAACUAUACAACAUACAUUGAAAUUCAAAAGUCUUACAUAUCAGCAGAAACUUUAGUGAGUCUUGUUAGUAUGGUGAUACAAGCGACACAUUCUGUGAACUGUACGCUAAAUGAUUGUACAAUAGAGUCAGAGGAGGACAUAAGGCAGAUGACAGCCGAAACGGAAAAGCAGCCUGCCCUACAGAUGGUGAAUCCACUGAGCGCAUCGUCUGACUACACAACAGACAUUACAUUAACGCGGAUGAAAGUGUCUGCAGGAAUGUUAAGACGCCUCGUUAGUAUGGUGAUACAAGCGCGACAUUCUGUGAACUGUACGUUAUUUGAAAGUACGAUAGAGGAGGACAUAAGGCAGAUGAAGGCGGAGAUGGAGAAUCAGCCCCUUCUCAAAGUUAGGGAGUUCAAUGAGAAAACCUCUUUGGGGGGUUCGAAAGCAUGGUUCAUUAAGUUCACCAUAAACAUAUAAAGGUUCCGACACCUUACCUUUUCGGUAAAUAUGACUCCUUUAGAGACUUCACAGGCUUUGAGUGGAAUGAGUGGGAUGAGGUUUAAACAAUGGAAUUUUUCACAAAUGAUGAUUUAUAGCAACCACUAUACGAACUGGUGUGAAGAGGUUCAUCUUUAUAGGCUUAAGCUUGGGAUCAGAGAGUUUUAUUUAAAAACAUAUGUAUGUCCAGUACGCUUAAGUUUUAAAGAUAACUAUCGUUGUAUAUAAAGUGUCAUAUGUUGAUUAUGCCUUGCUAGUGAUUUCAGAGUUCCUUAUUUCUGUUCAUGUUUUGCACGUUAAAGAACGGAAGUUUAAUGUCACUAUAUUAUAAAGAUGCAUUUUUUUGUAAUUGCCUUGCUCGAUAUAAUAAUUUCAGAAUGCAUUAUUCCUGUAAGUAGAUGUGUAUGUGUUUAUUUUUAUUUGCAUGUUUUGUAAGUUUAAAAUAUUUUCAAGGGACUCCUUCACGUUCUUUAUGGUAAAUUAUCAAUAAAUUCAUUCCUUGUGAAAUGUGAACAUAUUUCUGCUUUCAAUUUAACAAAAACAUCAUCAAAGUUCAAAUAAUAGCUUUCUUUUCAAUAUGUAUAUUAAAGACAUGACAUAAAAUGCUUUGUUUUGCCGAAUAGAAUCAAUAACGCUAUUGAAGAUGUAAUCAUAUUUCAUUUCGGAUUAACAAAAUACUGCUAAAUGAGUGCCUGCCAGUUGCUCUUUGGUGUUCAUCAAAGUAAGUGAAAUGUUUUCAAUCAAUUUUAAGAAAAUUGUUGCCAACAUUCGAUAUGUGAGUGAGUCCCUUAACAUUUGUUUGUAAAAUUAGUUAUAUUUGUGCAAAUAUAUAGUGUAUGCUAUAGUGGUUUUAGAAUAUAUUAAAUUACUGUACACAGAGUUUCUUUCGAUUAAAUAUGUAUGUUCAUUAUAGUGAUUUGUUUGACAUUUAUCCGUCUGGAAAUGUUUUAAAUGUUUUGUACCAAACUAUUAUUCCGAAGUUCAUUGUUCACUGCUCGUAGAAUUUCAUUUGUUUUAAUCAGUUUUGUAAAUUAUGCCGAUUCUAGAGUUCAUUGUGGUUACGAAUAAAGGUUCUUUGGUCUAUUCAAUAUGCUUUUUUAAUAUUAUAAACGCCUUUCAUGUGCAAUGACGCAUUAAUCGUAAUUAUUUUAACAUUUCAUUAGUUGUACACGCAUCGUCUAUAACCUGAUAUGUCACACAAAUAACCUUCUAAAUUUUACUCUAAUGACCUAUUACAUUUUACACUAAUGACAAACUAUAUUUUACACCAAUGAACUACUUCAUUUCCAUUUAAUUUGCAUUCAUGUAAAUAUUUAUUUAUUCGGAUUUGUUUUGCUUUGUUAUUGUUAUAUAGUAAACAUUUUAAUUGUUAUAUAGUACAAUAUUUCCUCAUCAAAAAUAUGAAGAAAAAAAGAAAAUUCAUUGAUAUAUUGUAGGUGAUCGCAAUUUAAAAUCCAAUUGAAUCAAUACUUUGAUAUAGCUGACUGGAAGGCAUUUUUAUUUGUACAUAUGUUUUGGUUAGCAUUGUCUUGCUUUAUUGGAUGACAGUUCACAUUUUUCUGUUCGAGCGAUUUUGUACAUGUACAUAUUCUAUAAUGUUUAAGCAUAAAUUGUACGCUGAUUUCCAUUCUCACAGUGAGUGUUUGACAUAUUGUAUACUAAGACGUUUGUGGUAUAAUACCACAAUAAAAUAUGAAAUUUUGUAGUACCAAGGUGUUUGUUUGGCCUACUGUAGACCGAAGAAGUUUGUGUGACAUUAUGUUGACCCAAGAUGUUUGUGUGACAUUCUGUAGACUCAAGAUGUUUGCUUGACAUUAUGUAGACCAAAGGUGUUUGAGUCAUAUUCUGUAGACCCAAGCUGUUUGUUUGACAUUCUGUAGACCCAAGGUGUUUGCUUGACAUACUUCAUUUUACCAAAACGGCCUACUUUAUUUCUUUUUGUUUGUAAAUCUUUAUUUAUUCGGAUUAGUUUUUAUAUGUUGAAAGAUGCUCACAGCUUAAUACAUAUAAACAUUUAUCUGUAGUAUAAUGUAUUUCUUUGUCAUCAAAAAUGAAAAUAUGAAAAAAAGAAAGAUCAUUGUUUAUAUUUCUUAUGUUUAUAAUGAUAUUGUUCAUUUAUUAAACUACGGAGAUGGUACAAUAGCAUGGGUUAAGAGGUGCCUACAAUUUAUUUACUUUUCAUAUGUUUAUAUGUUAAUAAUCACAUUUUUCUUUUAUUGCUCAUUUAUUGAACUUAGUAGAUAGUACAUUAGCAUAAGCUGAAACUUGUCUACACUGUAUUUACUUUUCACAUGAAAAUAAUUAUAUUGUACAUUUAUUGACCUUAUUUUCUUUUCACAUGUCAAUAAUUAUAUUGUAAAUUUAUUGACCUUCGUAGAUGGAACAUUAGAAUAAGUUAAGAGGUGUCUACAAGGUAUUUUACUUUUCACGUUGUAUUAAUUAUAUUGUUAAUUAAUUGACCUUAGUAGAUGGAACAUUAGCAUAAGUUAAGAGGUGUCUACAAGGUAUUCACUUUUCACGUGUUAUUAAAUAUAUUGUUAAUUUUAUUGACCUUUGUAGAUGGAACAUUAGCAUAAGUUAAGAGGUGUCUACAAGGUAUUUUACUUUUCACGUUGUAUUAAUUAUAUUGUUAAUUUAUUAACCUUUGUAGAUGGAACAUUAGCAUAAGUUAAGAGGUGUCUAUAAGGUAUUUACUUUUCACGUUGUAUUAAUUAUAUUGUUAAUUUUGUUGAUCUUUGUAGAUGAAACAUUAGCAUAAGUUAAGAGGUGUCUACAAGGUAUUUACU